AUGACUCUUAUCGAUGCACAAGUGCACUUCCUAGAGGAAUGUGUUGUACUGGUACACAUCCCAUUGGAGCUGUACCCCUACUUCUUAAAGUCUGUUCUAAGACUCAUUUUUGAUGAAAUUCCACCACUGGAAGACGAAAAAGACGAGACAGAUGAUGCUAUAUCGGAUGAAUUCGAAAACGCUUCGGAGUAUGACUCGGCGUACAAACCACCUGCAUUCAUGAAUGUCUCCAUCACUCCAGUUGAAGUCUCUGUCAUGUGUCCUAGACGUUUGGUCGACAAAUAUUUUAUCCCGGUCAUGGACCAACUCGACCGGUUGGAUGACUCACUCCGAUCCCGUCUAAUCGUCAGUGAGAAUGACUAUAUCGCCAUGCAAGUCCUCGGCGAAGGCCUCGAGGCCGGCAAACGAGUCUUGGAAUUGACCAGUCCACUUGCUCUGGCAGGCAUCUCCAUUUUCUUCAUCUCAACCUACUUCUCCGACUACAUCGUAGUCCCCAAACAAAGCAAAGCAAGCGUGAUAUCCGCCCUAGAGAAAAGAGGCUUCCAAUUCAACAACACCUCAGCGGCCUUCAUCACCAAUCCACUCAGUCCAACCAUCGAAAGAAGGCUCAGCGACCUCAUCCCACCAGGAACACCCCCACCCUCAACUCUAGGCGAACUCCAAACCCGCACCUUCAACAACCUCCGCAAACACCAAAUCACCCCAUCCGUAGACCACUCCCUCCGUCUAGUCCAAUGCGCCGCCCACCACGAAUACCACAGCCAGGAAUCUUCAAUGUCCAUCCUCCGCGACGCCCUAACAACAGUCCUCCUAGUCGACGAACCCCGCUUCCUAUCCCUAACCCUCGCAGCCCUGGACCCAGCCGCCUCCCUCCUGCUAGAGAAACGUCUCCUCCCCCGCUUCGCCCGCCAAUCAACUUCCGCGGCAGGGACACGCGUCUACGAGGAUGGCUCGGGUCUUCUCCUCGGCUCAAAAGAAGAUCAUCUCGUUCCCAUCACCCUAGAUCUUCGCGACCUGCCCCUCGAAGCAUCCGGUAUCGUCUGCGGUGUCGCGGGUCGUCUCGCGGCCGCAGCUACCAUCCCGCUCUCGUCGCAUGGCGCUGUCGCUGGUGGUACUAGUAGCGUUGUCGGAUCCGUGUCUGGACUGUUUGAUUCGUUUGGGACUCGUUUUUCCGCCCUCUCUCUUAAUAAAACAUCUACCUCGGCCCCCGCUCAUGGAUUGCAACCCUUGGCCCACUCGACGCAUCAUCUCCAGCCUGAUGUGGAUGUCGCGGAUGCGGUGGAGAUUAGUUUCUUGAGUACGGCGCGUGCUGGCACCAUUAUUGUUGGUGAGGAUGAGCUUAAGAGGGCUAUUGAUGCUCUUGAGGAGGAGAAAAUACAGUCGCCUAAGCUGGAGGGUAUUGGGUUCGAGUCCCGGACACCGCCUGAUAGUCCGCAACAGCGGGGUUGA